AUGGACUUCUGUGGCAAGUUGCUUAGGGCGCAUGCCGGGCUUGAUGAGGUUCUCUCGGAAGAGGUCGCUCAGAAUGCCAUGGUUCCUGCGGAGAAGAUCCUGUCACUGGCAAAGGUGAAGAGCCUCUUCGACAUUGAGGGCGUGCUGGCUGCACGUGCCCAGGACAUCGAGAAGGAGAAGAAAGAAUCGGAGGCAGCUGAGGCGGAGGCCAUCGCACGAGCCGCGGAGUCGACAGCAGAAGCUGCUGUUGAGGUCGCUCCGACUCCAGCUGAGCCUGCCGAUGCAAUUCAGGAGCACUUGCAGCCGGAGGCAUGCGAGGAUGAUGCGCCGCAGACUGCCUCAAACGAGGAUCGCGUCAAGAUGUUCAACAUGAUUGUGGUGCCCCAGAUGGCAUUGGACCUUAUCGCCAAGCUCGAAGAUCAGAACUUCGAAGAGUUGGUUGAUUACGCCAGCAUGCGAGCCUUGUCCGUCUGCAUCAAUGAGUUCCUGGACAUCCGUGAGUGCCCCACGAAUGGCAGCAGCAAGGAUUACAAGAGCGUGCUGCAAGAGGCCGGCUGUGGUCAAGGCCCGCCGAGGGUGUACAUCUACGAUGCCAAAGCACAUGUUCGUGUUGUUACAACAGACUCCGACCUGAGGGCUAACCCGUGGAAGCGGAGUGUGGCGCUAGACAUCACUUCCACGAAGAAUUGGCUUCAUGCUCUCUUUGUGGACCCUGCCACCGUGAAAAAAUCGAGCGAGAAGCAGCCGGUGCUGAUGAGGAAGACAGACCUUCUCAUGCUCUAUGACGGCCGCUCGCAGCGGUCGUUCGCCGCCAUGUCCUCUGAGAUCGGCAAGAUCAUGCCACAUGUGUCAAAAGAGCUCGAGUUGCCAAGUCGGCAUUACACCCUUGUCCGUCGCAUGUACCACAACAAGGAGUUCAGGGACUCCAGAAGCUUGUAUGCGACGCGGAGCAGCUCUUUGAAUGCCAAAUCGGCAGAACCCUUGGAGAUCGUCUUCUCCAAGACUUUGAAGCUCGCCCUCAGGAGCCAAGAGGACAUCGCUGGCCAGACUACGGGCUCUGGGAGGAUUGAAGACAACCGGUGCAGGGCUUGGUCCGACUUGGCGAUGAAAGCAGAAGAAUCUCAACUCUUGAGUCAGGUCUCUUUUCCAGUCUACGAAAGCAUGCUGGGUAGCCGGGCCGGCGGCGGCGACAAGGGCGGCGACUCGCUGCACAGUGCCGUGGGCGACGCGGACGAGGACAGUGACAAUGGUGACGCAGCGGCUGCUCAAGUACCACCCGAGGCUCGGAUGUUCGUUUGCCCUUGGGAGGCGCACGAGGACGACAUGGCCCUUGCCUACCAUCUGUGUCGGCCAGAGCAUGGACGCUUGGUGAUUCUCACCCCAGGCAGCGGAGAGAGUGCUCUGGCCGCGGUCAGAGCGAAGAUUCAUGCAACCCUUCUUUGCGAGAACGGCGCACACAAGCAGGUUGUGUUCCAAACGAUCCUUCUCAAGAUCGUGGUGGCUAUGAUCUCGGGAAACUCCCCUGGCUUCAGCUUGGGCCGUCGUGUGCUCUCACGGGUGAAGAGUCUGAAUGGGGAUGACAGUGUUGAGCCACCGAAGCCGUCAGGUGGCCAGAUUUCCCGGGCUGCGUCGUAUCAGUUCAUGACUCCAAGCCCGAGCAAGCCGAGGCCGUUCGGGAGCCCGGCAGCGACGAGCCCGGCAGCCACCGAAGGUGUGCAGGCAGAGUCAGAGGACGCAGGGCAUGUGAGUGACGAGUCAGGUUGGGUGCCGUCGGGCGACGAGGCGGCAUCAUAG